AUACAAUAGCCUACUAUAAAUAGAAAAAAAUUACAACUGAUGGUGGAUCUUUCAUCCUUUUUUUACUAAUUAUAUUUGCAUAAGAAGAAAAGAGGCAACCAUGUGGUUUACAGUUUUUAUUUUAUCAUUCCUUCUAUGUAAUUCCUUAUUCGUAGGUUGUUCCAUAGUCUCCUCUGCCUAAUGUUUGGUCUUGUUUUUAGUGAAUUUUGUUUAUAAUUAACAACUUCGUAUAUAAUUAUAUUUUUAUAAUAAACAUGUAUGAAUUGAAUAAUAUUUUUAAAGCCCUUAAAUGAGGAUACCGCAUUGAUUAUGGCAUUACCUCAAAAGAAAUAUUAUAGGCAACGUGCUCAUUCUAACCCCAUAGCAGACCAUUGUUUUGAUUAUCCUGUUCAUCCUAAGGAAUAUGACUGGUCAUCAUUGUAUCCCACUUUCAAGACCGAUAGUAGUCCUGUAGAAUUUUUGGAUGUUGGCUGUGGUUAUGGUGGACUAUUGGUAACUUUGUCUCCAAUGUUUCCCAAAAAAAUUAUAUUAGGUUUGGAGAUAAGGGUGAAAGUAUCAGAUUAUGUAAAUGAUCGAAUCAAUGCUCUAAGGUUGCAACAUCCUGAUCAGUAUCAAAAUAUUGCUGUAUUAAGAACAAAUGCAAUGAAAUAUUUACCAAAUUUCUUCAACAAGGGACAGCUCAAAAAAAUGUUUUUUCUAUAUCCAGAUCCACAUUUUAAGAAGGCAAAACACAAAUGGAGGAUAAUUAAUAAAUGGCUGUUAUCUGAAUAUGCUUAUGUUUUGGCAGAAGAAGGUGUGGUAUACACAAUUACAGAUGUAAAAGAUUUACAUGAUUGGAUGGUAUUACAUUUCGAGGAUCAUCCAUUAUUUGAAAGGAUAGGUGAUGAGGAGUUGAAAACUGACCCAAUUGUGGAGAAGUUAUAUGAGAGCACUGAAGAAGGUCAAAAGGUUACACGAAAUCAAGGAGAAAAGUUUCUUGCCGUAUUUCGAAGAAUACCUGAUAAUUUUAAAUAAAAUACAAAUGAUGCUUGAUAA